CCACAACCCAACCCAACCCAACCCCUACACCCUUUAUCGCAGUCUAUGCACAUUCGCACAUCGUUACCACUAUGGCUAGAGCACUCGGGAACAACUCAAUUCUCAGUGGCUAGCAUCGCAACGCCUUGAGUCGACAACUUGGUCACUGCACACCACAUUCGCAGUUUUGUGCUGUUCCGCUGCGGCCGGUCACCAUUCGCAUCCGCAUUCGCCUCACACGUUGAUCUAAUUCUUCACUCAGCAAGUUCAAGUUGAAUUCAUAGUCGAAAAACGAAUUCGUAAUUGAUGUUGAUGUCGUUGUCGAUGUCGCUGUCGAUGUUCAUUUCGCCGCUUGGGCUGCGCGUUGCCUAACGGAGUUCGUGUUGCAUUUUGCAAAAAUAUAUACAAAAGUGCCGCCUUUGUUACUUCUGCGCUUUAAGCUACUACAACUCGGCGUAGUGCGGUGGCCAUUAUACAUGUGUACAUUUGUGCCAAACAUUCGUGAUUGUGAUUUUGCAUGCGCUGUCGUUCAAAUAUGGUGCACCGAGUGAUCGUCAACUAACUGUAACAUUCUGCGCUGACAUUAUCUAGUAAUCAAAAGGUGUUUGGGCGCGCGAUGAUACUUUGGCUUUUGCCGUCGGGGAAUUAAUUCAAAUAAUAUUUCAGUUGCAGUCACGAUCAUUUGUUAUCUAAAAAGGCGACCGACCACAAAUACAUUUGUAUAACGAAAUAAAGUGAAUGAGACCGAUCGAUGAAAUUUCAAAGUUUUUCAGAAUAAAGUUUAAGGAACUUGUGUAGUGAGAGUGUGCGGUCAACGUGAACAUACAAACUUACAUACAAACUUUAAACGAUAAAAAACAGUAAUCGAACACAUAAAUUGAAUGCAAUAGCGGCGUUUAAUUAAUUACCGUAAAUUAUCACGGUAUUUAACAUAGACAAUUAAAUAAUAAUUAUUAACCAUGUGCAAUAUAAAAAUUGUUUACAAAACCUUAAAAUAACGAGAGUGUGCGAUUCCUUAAUCACAUCCAACCACAAGUUCGUACAAUGAGUCAAAAAAUGGGUAAAACCAAAAUCAUAAAGAAAUAAUAUAUUGACAAUAAAACACGCACCUUUAGGUGAACUCAAAUAUUUAAAUAACCAACGUGUUUGAAAGUGGAUAAUGGAAAGUAGAUUUACUUAAAAAGUGUGAUGAAGGACUAAAAUAACUGAGAAAAAUUCAAUCACAAUAUAUGACUAGUAAAUAAAGUAUAGAGUCAGGCAUUGUACAUCUACUACCUUCAAAAUCAUUCUUGUGAAUGAAAGAGUGCGUGAAGUUACGUUGAAAUUAACAGUUACAAAUAUUCAUACUUUUGGUAGAUGCAUAGAGGCUUCGAAGGAUGAAAACAAGUUUUAUGCUUUUAAAAACUGAAAUAGUGGCUGCAAACGUAUGAAUGAAACCAAACAUCUGUGGUUUGGUAGUAUAAUUAAAACUAAAUUACAAUCGAGAUAAGGGCAUUGCUUUUGUUGUAGCCUUAAUUACUUAAUAUUUUAGUAAAAACUGCCCUUGUGCUUUUUAGUAAGAAGUCAUUAAUAGCCCAAAGGAUCUUGCUUACACAUGUGCAAAUGUGUUUACAAAUUUAAAAUCGAUAUGUGUAGAGCGCACUGAUUAUAUGAUGAAGCGCGGUGAAUAAAUUUUUAACAUCAAUUUAAUCACCUGUUUAGUGAACUGAUAAUUAUAUAUAUGUAACACAUAAAUAACACCAAUAAUCAAAAGUUUCGCAAACUCUUGUGAACAAAAUAAGCAAAAAUAGUGCAAGACUUGGAGGCAUCUUCGGCUCAAAUUUACUUAAAAUCGACACUUGUGUUCGAUAUCAGAAUAUUAAUAAAACUAAAACGUUGAAAAGGUGCGUUGUAAUUCGUGUAUCCAACUAAAGUGAGCAUCACCAUUUCACUGUACAUUCGGCCGCCUUAUUCGCCACUGCACGCUCAUCACGCACGCACAGCGAAUAGGCUUCGUAGCUGUUCUUUAAUGGUUUCUGAGGAUAAUUGGAACAGCGACACAAUGUCCGAUACGGACAUGCAUGACUCCAAGGCAGACGUGUGUGGUGGUGCCUCCAGCAGCAGUGGCAGCUCUAUCUCUCCCCGCACUCCACCCAAUUGUGCACGGUGCCGUAAUCAUGGACUCAAAAUCACACUAAAAGGACACAAACGGUAUUGCAAAUUCCGUUAUUGCAAUUGUGAAAAGUGUCGCUUAACCGCUGAUCGACAACGCGUCAUGGCGCUGCAGACAGCAUUGAGGCGGGCACAGGCGCAGGAUGAACAAAGGGUUCUGCAGAUACACGAGGUACCGCCAGUAGUACACGGGCCAACGGCAUUACUUAAUCAUCAUCACUUGCAUCAUCAUCACCACUUAAAUCAGAAUCAUCAUGCGAGCGCUGCGGCUGCAGCAGCUGCUGCUGCGGCACAUCAUCAUAUAUCGACAGCGAUCCGUUCACCGCCACAUGCCGAGCUGGGCGGCGGAAGUGUUGGCAGCGGUGGUGGUGGUGGCGGUAUAGCCGGUGGAAUUGGUUCUGCCAUCACCUCUGUACCUGGAUCAGCACCACCAACCGAGCAUCACAUGUCCACAGUGCCCACUCCAGCACAAUCGCUAGAAGGUUCUAGUGACACAUCAUCGCCAUCGCCAUCCUCCACUUCGGGAGCGGUAUUGCCCAUAUCGGUAGUUGGCCGCAAACCAUCUCUACAUCCCAAUGGAGUAAAUAUUCCUUUAGCUCAAGAUGUGUUUUUAGAGCAUUGCCAAAAACUAUUGGAGAAAUUUCGAUAUCCAUGGGAGAUGAUGCCAUUAAUGUAUGUGAUAUUAAAAGAUGCUGGAGCAGAUAUUGAAGAGGCUUCAAGACGUAUUGAGGAAGGCCAACAUGUCGUAAACGAAUACUCCCGUCAACACAAUCUGAAUAUAUAUGACGGGGGUGAGCUGCGCAGUACGACAAGGCAAUGCGGAUGAUAAUAUUUAACGUAAUUGCAUUACGCAACAAAUUAUGCUUUCAAUAAAGUUAAAUUAAUGUAAUUUUAAAAUUUGAUAAGUACAUAAUUUCAAUCGAAUGAAAAUUAAUAUAGCAAAUAUAGUUGCAAACUAUCUCUUAAACCAAAAUCGCGAAAACAUUCAUAAGAUCACAUCAAACGUUGGAACCCUUUUCCGUUUAGCAAUGUUACAAACCCUUAAUUUCUGCUUUUAAACAUGCAGAUCUAUUGCCAAUUUUUAUUGUUUUAUGUGUUUUACGGUUGUGUGAAAGAAAUCAUUUAAUGAAACUACAAUCAACUUACCAUUGGAUCGAUCGACCGCUUCAAUCAACAUAUAAAAUAGCAAUCUUCAAUCAACUAUCCAAUCCGGCACAUCUUCAGUUUCUUCAGCAACCCAUCCAUAUCACUAUGGGCCGCCAAAUACGAAGUUUAACAGCUCUACAAUCAACAUUCAAAGGAUAUCCAUCGGCAUUGGAGUUAAAGGCCAAGCAAAAUAUGUAUACAAACAGACACUUACUGCGACAGCAUAUAGAAUAAUGACUAAUCUGUUGAAUUUUUAUAAAUAAAAUGCAAAUACAAUA